UUUAAUUAUUUUGAUAGAUUCCGUGUAAGAUGUAGAGUGCAACUUUGGAAAAGAAGAUGAUGGUUUUUCCAUUGUACAGGUGAUUCUGAAGUUGCUGUUACAAAUUUCCCAGGAUGUGCUGUAGUUUUUAAGGGAAGGAAAAUGUCACCUCCAUACAGGGCAUAAGGACACAAACCAAGGGAAAUUGAAACCUUGCCAUGGUUACAAGACACAAGACAUCAGUGUGACUUCACUGUGAAUACUAGAUCCUUGCUAUACAAAGAAAAGAAAAAAAUCAGCACCAAGUAUCAAGAGAGAUCUCCCUGACUGAAGAAAUCCACACGGGAUUGUGUUAUAAAACAUCAGGGUAAAGAAAUAGAUGUCUGCUGUCAAUAAUGUAUAGAGGAGUGUACCAGAAAUCUGUCACCGUGCCUGGUGUUAGUGGGUGUAUUUACAUUUCACGUGUUACAUCAGACCGGGUCUGGAUCAGUGAUGGUAGGAAUCUUAUACUGACAAACACUAAAGGAGUAGAACUAGAUCGUGUGACAGAUAUAUGUAGUUAUGUGGGAGGACACACUGUGAAUACUUACGGUUAUUUAAUUUAUAUAUACAGUAGUGAUAACAUCAAUAAACUGUCUACAGAGAACAAAGAAAAGACUACGAUAAUAAAGUACAACACAUCACCAUGGAUACCAUGGAGUGUCUACAGCUCCCCCUCCACUGGACACCUGCUGGUCGGGAUGAAGAACGCUUAUAGUAAUGCAGGCAAGGUAGUGCGGUAUAACUCCACAGGAGAAAACAUCCAGACAAUACAGCACGACAACAACACUGGUCAGGAACUGUAUAGUAACCCUAUUUAUAUCACAGAGAAUCGCAAUGGAGAUGUUAUUGUGUCUGACUAUGACCGUGAAGCUGUAGUGGUGACAGAUGGUGACGGUAAUUACCGAUUCUCCUACAGAGGUCCUCCAUCAGGAUCACGACUAGCACCAUGUGGAAUCUGUACUGACGCGCUGUCACACAUCCUGGUGUGUGAUUGGAACACCCGGUCAGUACAGAUGUUAGAUAGUGAUGGUCACUAUCUGACAGAGAUACAGACAUCACAACACGGGAUAGACACACCAUGGGGCCUGAGUUAUGAUGAUGACACCCAACUACUGUGGGUAGGGUCAGGGUACAUCAACAACACAGUCAACCUAUACAGAGUGGUAGAUACAGACUCUCUGACUGGACUCCUUCUGGAGGACAUCAAAUGUAGAAAACAUCCCAGAAUUCCCCUGGACCAGUUCUGUACCCCGUGUGGUGUUCCCUUGUGUGUGGAGUGUACCAGCUCUGAGGAUCACAGCAGACAUGACCUUAGAAAGAUAAAGACAUUGUUUGACAACAUUCACAGGAUAAAGGAUGGAGAUACCCUAUUGAUGUGCCUUCUUAUUUCCAAUUCCUACAAAAUAAACAUGAAAGAAGGAAACUGGAUGACUAAAUAUAAUGCUGUUGCCAACAUUUUUCAUUCCAAGGAAGUCACAAAGCCAUUUGCCCCUACAGAUUUAGAAAAAUACAAACCAAUUCUGAAACUCAAUGAAUCAGAGAUCAGUUUUUCCAAUGAUUGCUUCAAAGAUAUCAGUUUCCUAAAGUUAUUAAAGAGUCCUAAAAUAAUUAGAGACAGGAUUGGAGUUUAUACAGUAAACUUAAAUGAUAUUUUCUUGACUUGGGCAGAAAAAGAAAACAUUGCUGAGUUCUGUAGAUCAUGGAAUUAUCAGAGAGGGGAGGAUGAAGUUUGCUGUUGGUUACUGCCAGAAAAAAAUGAAGAGUUUUUAAAGAGACUUGGACAAGAUGUUUUCAAGCACCCAACAAUGGUGGACCAGUCACUCCAUGAAGCUGUAUUUAGAAAAUUCGGUGUACCUAUUCAGAUAAUAAUGAGGGGAGACAAAUCUGUAAAAAAAUUCAUCGCAAAUCUGAAGAAAGGAAAGACCAUGAUGUACCACGCCUCUGGGAUGAUCAUUGGAUGUGCAGGUAGUGGAAAAACAACAUUACUACAGAGACUGAAGGGCAUCGAUCUGAAAGAAAUAAAGGAAAAUACCAACCCAACCAGAGGAGUUGACAUUCAUGCAGAUGUCUUUGAAGUAACAGAUAGCAUCCAUGUUAAUUUUUCAAGUCAACAAAAACACUUUAAACUACAGCUUGAUAAAAAAGAUAUGAAGCAGAGUGUUCCUGAAUCUCAUUCAGUAAAUGCAGCCGAUGAUGGGGAAAGGAUGGAACCAGUUGAUGAAGCGGCCAAUACGACUGAAGCAUCAAACACUGGACAGAUAUCACAUGAUGACACCAACAUUAGCAUGACUCAAACUGCCUCAUCUAAUGAGCCACGCGGGGCCACGUCAUCAGAAAAUGUAGCAGAAGUUGUGAAGGAAAGCAAAGAUAUUCCUCAUAGUUCAGAAAUUUCUGGAAAUUUGCAGAUUGGUGCAGAAGACAUUUCAGAUGAUCCUGAGAAAAAAAUUACCAUGACUGACUUUGCAGGGCAGUGUUCAUAUUAUGCCUCACACCAGAUUUUUCUGAGUCCGCGGGCGUUCUUCAUUCUGGUGCUGAAUAUGGAGAAGAAGUUUGAUUAUAAGGUUGGAGAAGACGUGUGCUGUCAGAAAGGCUCCAUUUAUGGGGAAUGGACAAACAGAGAUUAUCUAGAAUUUUGGAUGAAGUCAGUUCAUCAAUACAGCAGUGAUAAAGCCCCGGUUAUCCUGGUUGGUACCCACAGUGAAGAGAAAACAGAAAAGGUACUCAUACAUAUUUUCCUUAAUGAAAGAUAUAUUUCUAUGCUUAAAGUAUAGUGACACGCAAAAGAA